AUGGCACUUGCCCUCUCUCUUUUGUAUGUAACCCCUGAGAAAUACAGCGCAUUCAUCGAAGCACUACGAGCCCGACUCACAGACGGACGACCCACAUCACAUGGUAUACCGGUGUUGCCCCGAAGAGAAGACGUGCCAGACGAUCAGCGCUUUCUUUUUGUUGAUCUCACCAACUAUAACGGCGACACCAUCAGCGUCGCAAUCGAUGUAGUAAACGUUUAUGUGGCGGGAUAUUGUUCUGGGAAUAAAUCCUACAUACUUAAAGAUAACGCUGAAAAUCGAGCUCGAACGCAGAUUUUAUUCCCCACCGCCCCCAGCGCCACCCAGUCCACGCCGAUUCAGCUGCCCUUCACCGGAGACUACGGCGAGCUUGGAGGAUACGCACGACGAAUAGCACAACCGAGUGCUGCUCGUUACCCAGGGUCACAUUCACAUGAGCGUAUACCUACGCUUGAGCUAAUCCCUCUGGGACGCAAUGAACUCGAUAACGCCAUCACUAUGCUGCACUAUGCGGCAUCCCGCUCCGACCAAGCCAGCUCAGACCAAGCCGCAGCGUUUAUUGUGAUCAUUCAGAUGGUCUCGGAAGCGGCAAGGUUCCGGUACAUUGAGAAUCAAGUCCGCACUAGAAUGGAGGAAAACUACUGUCCUUAUAUACCAGACCCUGCAAUGCGGAGCCUGGAAAACAAUUGGUCUGCUCUCUCGGAGCAGAUCCAGAAUGUACCCGCCAAUGGAAGCCGCUUCAAUAGGCCUAUUCAGCUAACAAAUAUCCGCAAUUCUCCCCACGUAGUUGACAGUGUUGAAGCAGACAUAGUUCAGCGGCGGGGCAUCGCGAUUCUCCUCUACUCGAGACAGGUGCCAACCCUUGACCGGCAGUGCUGUGAGACCGCUGGACAUCGUCACGUUCAUGAUGAACUCUAA